GUGCUUUUUUUUUUAACCUAACGGGGAGGCAGGAACCCCGUCAAAUUCAUACUUCAUAUUUAAAAAUAUUUUUGUAACAAUGCCACAGUGGAUUAAUAUUGAUGAUGCUAUUAAUAUCCUGACAUGUUCUUCGUUCAUCUAGCGAAAGGUUUCCUCUUCAAUUAUGGAGUUUUAAAGAAGCCAAGUGUGUGUUUUGAGGGGAAAGGAUGCCUUUCCCCUCAAGUUGAUGGUUGGACUGAUUGGUGAGAAGAUUGUGGGAGGUCUUAAAGGUGUUGCCUUUUGUAAAUUAACUUUAGAAUAAUAAGGGACAGAAUAUUUUUUUUGUUGCAAAUAUUGAAUUGUACAGUUUUGUAAAAAAACAAAAAACAAACAAAAAAAAAAAGGUAGUUUUGUUGUGACACAGUUGAAUGAAGCAAGCUUCUUUUUGGCUUGUAUUCACCAUUUUCUUUGAAAUGGUAGACUGAUCAAGUCUUAGAGUCUCUGGGGUCGCUAGGGUGCGGUGGAACCUCAACACAGGCACAAUUCUAGCGCUCCACAACCGUCCCAACCUUUUGUUUUUCUUUAAGAGAGAAGCCUUAUUUUAGUUUACAUUGCAGCAGUGUGUGUACUUGUGUGUUGACUUUUGGAAAGGUAGCAGGGUUUAGAUUUGGGGUCGCUCAGGAUGAGUCUGGCAUUGCCGGACUGCACCCCAAAAUGCCGCUCACUGCAGCAUGCAAAUGAGGCAGUAGCGGCAAUAACGGGUGGCUCUGAGGGGCAGCUGAGGGCUUUCUUAUCCUCGUACUGCCACAACGCUGCAGUUUUGCGGGACGAAUUUGGUCGCACAGCGUUGCAUCUGGCUGCCUCACUGGGGAAGAAGGCCUUACUGGAGUGGCUGCUGGAAAGUAAGAAUGCUGACUUGACCGUAAAGGAUCAGGAAUCGGGCUGGACUGCCCUGCACCGCAGCGCCUUCUAUGGACAAAUUCACUGCCUCCUUUCCCUGGUCAAGCAUGGUGGACUCCUCUCCACUCAGGAUAAGGAAGGUUUAUCUGUCUUGGACUUGACAAUGAAAGACAGACCAGCUCAUAUUACAUUUAGAAGCACAGACCCGACUGAGGUUUAUAUGUGGGGAAACAAUACUAAUUUCAGCCUUGGCCAUGGUAAUCAAGAGAGUCGACAGCACCCUGAGUUAGUGGAUGCCUUUGCAAGGACUGGUGUUUACAUCAAGCAGGUGGUGCUAUGCAAGUUCCAUUCAGUCUUUCUGUCUCAAAAAGGUCAGGUAUUCACAUGUGGACAUGGACAAGGAGGACGCCUUGGCCAUGGAGAUGAACAGACUUAUUUGGUUCCUCGGAUGGUGGAGGGUCUGAUGUCCCACCACUGUUCUCAGGUGGCAGCAGCAAAAGACCACACUGUGGUGUUAACAGAAGAAGGUUAUGUGUAUGCUUUUGGCCUCAACACUUUCCACCAACUCGGCUUGGCUCCUCCCCCGGCCUCAGCACAUGUUCCUAAACAGGUGUUUUCCAAAACAUUGAAAGGGAGGACAAUUAUUGGAGUGGCAGCAGGAAGGUUCCACACAGUGCUAUGGACCAGGGAGGCGGUUUAUACAGUGGGACUCAAUGGAGGGCAGCUUGGUUACUUGUUGGAUCCUAAUGGAGAAAAGUAUGUAACAACACCUCGGCAAGUAUCAGCUCUGUACCACAAGGAUAUUACCAUAGCAAUGGCUGCCGCUGGUGAUGGAGCGACUGUGAUCGUGACAUUAAAGGGGGAUAUCUACCUGUUGGCUGAAUACCAGUGUAAAAAGAUUGCUUCAAGGCAACUGAACAUCAAAAAGGUCCUUGUCAGUGGUGGCAGUCUGGACCAUUGUGUGAAUGCACAGAUUCUAAGUGAGGGAGGGGGAGAGAAAGUGUCCAUCUUGGCUUUAGAUGAAGCCGGUCGGGUGUUUUGCUGGCGCUCCUCGGGUAGCUCGAUGAGACUGUGCCGGUGGGCGUAUGGGCGCCAGGUUUUCAUGUCGGACAUCGCUCUCAGCAAAAACGGCAUGAUGUUUGUGACUCAGGAGGGUGAGGGUUUCAGUGGUGUGUGGGCUGGAGAAUAUAAGAAGUACAGAGAGAAAAAAGAGACCAAUGUGGAGGUUUGUGGACAUUCAGAUGUUCGCACAAUGUUUCAGCGAAUUCGUCUGGAGAAGCUCCCAUGCAUUCAUAGAGCUGUCAGCAUCACCAUGGACUCCAAUGGCCGAAAUUUUGGAUUGCUCCAGGUUGAUCCCAAAGCAAGUUUAUAUGAGAUUCCUAGCAUUUCUCCAUCCUCCUUUACCACACACUUUCGGAGACUUCUGGAAGAAGCGGAUGAAAUGGAUAGCAUUCACGAUGUGACCCUCCAGGCGAGUGAUCGAACAUUUCCGGCUCACAAAUAUAUCCUGUCAAUGAGGUCAGAGUUCUUCCGGAAACUGUUUAUGUCUGAGUGUUGUGGGGUUGACGAAGACCUUGAAGUUAAGAAGAGUGAAGAUGCAGUGGGCUGUGACCUACUGAUUUUGGAAAAGAUUCCACCUGACAUGCUGGAGUAUGCCCUGCACUUCAUCUACACUGAUUCCUGUGAGCUACUGGUGCAUGGGGCCCGACCAAGAUGCUCAGGAACCCUGACUGAACAAAUCCUGGAUUCAGAAGAGACGCUUAUCAGCAGCCUGCAGGAAUUGGGCCUUAGGGGUCGCUCAGCACUGGAAGUAUAUCACUCCCUUCCACCUGCAGCUAGAGGAGAUGGUGAUAAUGCCACAAGCAAGGGCUACAAGCCCGGCAAGAAAGUGAGAGGCAAAGGUGACAAGGGUGCUAAUGAGGGAGCGUACAAUCCAGUCAAAGCUUUACAGGGUGUCGCCAAGAAGCUUGGCUUACGCAGCCUGUCUGCACGACUUGAUGGUGUCAAAUAUGAAGGGGGGAAAAUCAAUGUUGUACAUAAGAAAAAUGGCAACACACAUAAAUUCAACCAAAAGAAGGGUUCCUACCUGUGUGAUGUUACUCUAAAGUCACAAGAUGGGAAAGAGUUUCCUUGUCAUAAAAGUGUCCUCUGUGCAAGACAAGAGUACUUCCACAGUAUGCUUGGCAACCCCUGGAUUGAGGCUACUUCCUGUACUGCACUUGAGAUGCCUACCAGCGCAGAGAUUCUGCAGGUCAUUCUCGAGUAUAUUUACACAGAUGACUCCCCCACCAUUCGAGACUCUUUGGAUGUGGCCUUUGUGUGCAACGUACUUGUUGCAGCUGAUCAGCUGCUAAUUCCACGAUUGAAGGAAAUGUGCGAGGUCGUCAUCACAGAGAACUUUACUCUGAAAAAUGCGGCAGAGCUGCUGGAGUUUGCCACAAUGUACAACGCAGAUCAACUUAGACUCUCGUGCUUUCAAUUCGUCGGGCUCAACAUGGCUGCAGUUCUAGAGUCAAAAUCACUGGACAAUCUUAGUGAUGAAGUGCUUAUGGAACUUUCUGUGGCCUACAGGAAAAUGAUCCCGGCAAUGCAAAGAAGGCUUGUCACGCCAUACCCCAAUGCUCCAGAUCUCAGUAUGUAUGAAGAUAAGGAUUUGGAUUCGGCCUUCAGCCCCAAACCGGAAGAAGAAUUGGAUCAAUUGAACAGGGAUGUACUUCUUAAGAAAGCCAAAACUAAGGCAAAAAAGAAACCAAGGCGACGCUCUGACAGCUCAGGAGGCUACACUCUGUCGGAUAUUAUUCAUAGCCCCCCUUCUGCAGUGGUUUCCCCAUGCUUGGUGAAGACAGGAAAAGGCACCUCUACAGAGUCACUGCAAGAGUUGCUCACAUCAGACUCCGAGGGUAGCUGCAUGGGACUUGGCAGCCCCCGAGACGUGCAAUCGCCAGUAUUUCAUGACAGAGCUGAGAUUAGUGUCGGAUUGAAGAGCCCAUCCAGUACCUUAACCUCAAGGAAUGGCCUCACAACUCCCCCGAGCUCUGGUCCACAAAACAUCCCCAAGCUCCUUCAUAGACCUGCCAAUCCACCCCCUGUCUUGGAUCUUAGAGCUAUCAUGGACAUGGAAGCCAAUUCUGUACAGACCACCAAAGCAGUUCCCAAAAGCCCUGCCAACAUCAGCACCCUCAGCAAACAUUCUUCUCCUAUGACUAAACUGUCCCAGAAGCAAAGGAAGAUGUUAGCAUUGGCAAGUAAGGAGACCAGUGUGGAGUCGACAGCAUCCAAACCCACUCCUACAGUCACGCCAUCCAAAAGCAGUAGUAGGAAGGCCUGGGCAACAGCAAUCCAGUCACCAUCGUCCUCAUGCUCAUUUCGGACACUACUGGAAGAGGAGGAGAGCCAACUCAUCAGAGCGGGGCAGCCUGGAAAUCAAAAGGUUCUAGGUGCUCAAGGGUCCGCAGUCUGUGUUAUACCUGUCAGUAGGAAGGUGACGUUCAGAUGCGAUGAGCGCAGCGAACUGGAAAAACCUUCAGGGCCAUGGGUGAUGGCCGCAGCAGCAGCGGGAAGCCCACCCCUCCCCUCUCUGGUGACCUUUGCUUCCAUUGUGGAGGAGGAGCGGCAGCAGGAAGCCGCACUAAUCCGCAGCCGAGAGAAACCGCUGGCACUCAUCCAGAUUGAAGAGCGGGCUAUCCAAGAGCUUUUGUUCCAUUACGAGGCACGCGACAACCCCGACGAACUGAUUUCAGUGGAGAGGGCCUCCUCUGGUCCCAUGGCAGCCCCGAUGUGGAACAAACACUGAUUACUAGCUACUUCAUACCAGUGAUGUGAGAGGAUUAUUGGCAGGUUGCGCUGACCUCAUGCUCUCACUCUUUAGAGAUAUAUGCUUCUUUUCUGCACAGUGUUACAUCAAAUUUUCUUCCAUUGCUGCUCAUUGUAAUGUUAAUGUAUGUUACUAAGUUAAUAUAGCCCAUUAAUGCUAAAUGCGGAUCAGCAGAGGUGCUUCUGUUUGUGAACUUUUUUUGUUCGUUCAAUUCCAUGACUUAACAGCUUCAUAAUUGUUAUUGCAAUGGAAAGUUGCCAAAGAAAAUGGAUGGUGAUGAUGGAGCUAAAAAUAAAAGUUCUCCAUAAUCCUGAGAAAGUGCCAACUUGUGGCAGUUUCCACAUUGGUUUUUGUAGUUGAUUCAGCUACAUAGUUGAGUUGCAGUGAUUGUAUGAUCUCAAUGACAUCUAAAGUGGUGGUGUGUUCAUAAUUUGGUGUUAGUGAUUCAUAAAUACUUAGCAGUGUUAAAUGUGUGAAGCUGGCUUUACCCCUCAUAUUUGAAAGAUUUAGCACCUUUUAGUUUAAUUUCUUGUCUAUUUUAGGAUUUUCUGGAGCCAUUUCAGGUAAUGCAGGUACUUUAGUUGAACCAUGUAUGACAUUAAGUUAGUAUAAUAGUGUUGUCUGUCUAUAAAAGAGGCUAUUGUAUGAAAAAGGGCAUGCAAUAAAGUAUUGCAAGUGUGCAAUGACCCAGUA